CUGUUUCUCGUGUCAGAUGUCUUCAGGGCACCCGGUGGUCGGAGGCGGAGCUGCAGGGAAAGCAACGUCGUCUCCCGUCGUGGCAGGAAACAGGAACUGGGACGGACCCGGCCGGAUGGACCAGAUCAACGUGGUGAGAGUGGACGACACUCACAUUGCAGAGGAGCAGUCUGACGUCGGGGGAAAGGUUAAAGGCGAAGCAGCGGAUUACUACGAGGUGGAAUACUCGAUACCGGCAGAGGACGUGGAGGAGGAGGAGGAGGAGGAGGACAGCGUUUAUGUUAUUGAAUAUUCAAAUCCAGAGGAGGAGGGGGACAGUUACCAGUUCACCAUGUCUGUAGAUAGAUCGCUCUCGGCUAAACGGCCGCUCAGACCUCCGGUGACGUCCAAAACUCCCACGCCAUCCAGGCUGAGGCAGGCGGUGAAGAGGAAGAUGAGAACAGACGAGGGGGUGAAAGAGGAGGGAACCCUGAGCAAUAAGAGCGUGUUAGAGCUCGGAGAGAGCUACAGCGACCUGAUGGAGUCGGGUAAAGAACAGCUGGUGUGCACACUGUGCCCACCGCCCGCAAAAUUCUUCAAGAGAGCGUCAGGUCUGGCUGUUCAUUUAAAAAAAACGCACCUGAUGGAGGGGAAGAAGAUGUACUUCUGCACGUCCUGCAAGCAAACGCUUCGCUCUCAGAUCGAGUUUGAUGCCCACACGCGGCGCCACGCCAACCAGGGCGCCGUCUUCACCUGCGUCCUCUGCCCGGCAGAGACGACGAGGUACAAAGGGUCCAAGUUGGGCCUGAAGAGACACCUGAAGAAGGAGCAUCCGGGCGUCGUCCCUCGCUGCAACAUCUGUAACAGAGGCUUCAAGACAAUCAUGACGUACCUGGACGAUCAGUUCAGGCACGUGGGAGUGUCGCCCUUCUACUGCGCCCAGUGUCAGAUCUAUGAAAUGACCGAGAGGGGUCUGAGCGUGCACAACAGAAACCACGACAAGAAGAAGCAGCAGCUGCAGGAGACGACUGACAAACACCUGCCGGCGCUCGAGGACUUCACCAACACAGAUAACUCGGCGACAGACGACUCUGACUUCUGACGCUGCAGAUUCCACGUUUACUUCUGUCAGUGUUUCACCAGCUCGGUGACUUCCUGUUUGUCAGAGUGACGUCUGACACAAGUUUGAAAUGAGGAACAUGUGGGGAACGUUGAGGCGAGGGGCGGAGCCUGUAGAGCAGCAGGAGGCGGGACAUGACGUCUAAACUCUGAUCAGUGUUGUUGUUUGUUGUUUUCAGCUCGUCCACACGGCGUCAGCCCUCAUCACCAAAACAUCUGGAACCUCCUCGUCUUUCCACGUGGACGUCUUCUACGUCUCCGGCUCCUCUUCUUCAUCCUGAGACAUUUGUGUUCUUCAGUCUCACGUCCGUCACGUGUUAGAAACCUCGGAGACACGCCCACUCGCUCACUGAGAAGGUUUUCUCACAUCAUAGACUUGUUUUCUGAGUUCAAACAUUUUGAUUUCACUUGUAUUAAAAACACUACAAUCUUAUAUCUUUGGUAAACGCAGUAAAAAGUAUAAGAAUCAAAUCACCAGGUUGUUUUUUAACAUUGAUUUUAAACACCUUGUGUUUCAUGUUGGCAUUAUGUUUUUUUUAAAUGUCAUUAAAGGGAAAAACCACUGACAGAAUGACCUGAAUCCCUGAAUGACUUGUUACACUCGUUUGUUUUCUGAUUGUCGCACACGUAUGGUUUUUUAUGGAUGAGAGUCUGGAACCAGGAAUCUAUUUCAUUAUGAACCUGUUGGUUAUCGUCUAAUUGCUUCGUGUGUGAAAUGUCUGAAAACUGUUUCUCAGAGUCAAGGCUGACGUCUUUUAAAAGAAGACAGACGGUGACACAGUCCUCUCGUUCAAAUUCAUACAAACCUUGAAUCCAAGUCUUCCGUCAGGUCCUCGGGUGCGUCUGAAGUUACGUCUUCAGGCGUCUCCACAGAUGUACAGUGUACACGUGGUUCUCGUGUUUGGAGACUUGUCCUGAACACAUUUUCUUGGAUGGAAGCUUCAGGAUGAAGUUCAGCUUCACAGAUCCUGACUCAUCGUGCUCCUGGGACUCUCACACCCUGAGAAACAUUUAUAACCUUUCACAGGUCAAAACACAGACUUCCUGUUAGUUUCCGUGCUGACGUGUGACAUGUCCUUAAAUACACUGGUGUGGUCCAAUCACUUCAAUCCACCGCAGGUGGAAU